GAAAGAAGUCUCUGAUGAGCAAUGGCCGGACCGUGGCGGAUGUUAUCUCAUUACGAAAAUCGCUUAGAAUUAAUUAUUUUAAAAAAUAUUUUUCGGGAUCUAUGUUUUGGUUUUUGUCACACGUAACGGGAAACUGUUCAAAAGUCCUUUGCCAAUUUAUCAGAUAAACUUGUCUGACUUGUUAGGUUCACUAAGCGCUAGGCUAGGGUCCUCUACUCUAGGAGGAGUGAAUGAUCUGUGAUAAGAAGUACAUCGGAACCUUUCUACGCACGUUCAAAGGCAGGACAUCACACCAGAAGAAAUUUGAAUUUGACCUGAUUCAAGCAUUUGAUUGGUUGAUGUGACGGCCCACCUGCUGUACAAAAGUCAAUGGCGCCGACAGGACAGGACAAGACAGGUGUGUGGAGGAAGACACAAGCCAGGACUGAGGAGCUGAGACACACAAUGCCGCUUGUCAGGGAUCUGAUGCACCCUACCUACGAGGCCGAGCGGCAAAGACACAAGAAGAAGAGGCUGGUGCAGUCUCCUAACUCUUACUUCAUGGAUGUCAGAUGUCCAGGCUGCUAUCGGAUCACCACGGUGUUCAGUCAUGCCCAGAGGGUGGUACCCUGCGCCGGCUGCUCCUUCGUCCUGUGCCAGCCUCGAGGCGGGAAGUGCCGACUCACUGAAGGCUGUUCCUUUAGACGGAAGACAUACUGAAUAUCCUCCAACAAGUAUGAACUCUGCUGAAGAUCAGUCCCUGCUUAUUUUCAGCUUCCAGAUGAAGAGCCCAUCAACAUUUCCUCACAUUACCAGAGGAAUUAUGAGAAACAACUAAAACCAAGUAAAUACUCAAAGUAAGGAAAAAGGGUCUGAUGACCAUGGGUUCCAGUUCCAGUGUCAGCCUUAGAAAUCUUGCAAAAACCUGAAUUUGGGUGCUGCUUGCCACGUGGUAUGUAAUUCUCAUAGGGAAUAAAUUGUUUGACUGAUAAAAAUACACAAAGCCAGAUAAUCAUGAAAAAUAUUAAAUUACUAGAAGGACAUAUAUUUUCAGUAGUUUGAGUAUUUUUUCAAAGCAUUGUAGAAGUAGUAGAGAGAAGUAGAAAAAAUGAUAAUUAGCUAAUUGGAAAAAAAAACAUGCAAGGAUACAUUUUUUAACUGAUAACUGUAAACAUUUUACUGUUAAUUAUAAAAAUUAAAAGCUAUAAAUUACAAUGUGAGAGUCCCCAUGGUUAAUAUACCAAACAAUUGUGUUAGUUUUUUUAAUAUUCUUAUGGCCCAAUAAUACGUAUUAUCAGACAAGGAUGCAACGUAUGUAUGAAAAUGAGAAAAUAAAGUACACUUUGUUUCAAACACAUUUUACUA